AUGGAUAUACCAGUGAUGGGCAUAAGUAAGUGCGUUUGCCGCUUUGACCGCCAAGGUGCACUGUGCGAGUUACCCAUCAUCAUCAAAAAUGCGGCCUUCUCCGGCGAUUCAUAUGUGUCGCACCGCAUCCACAAGGACAUACCACAUCAUGAGUCAUUGGAUUCGGUGCUGCCGAUGCAUGUACAACUGAAGGUGCGCACACGUGCCACAAAUGGUCUGAUAAUGCUGGCCGCUGCUCAGGGCACCAAGGGCGGUCAUUAUAUGGCGUUGUUCCUGCAAAAGGGUUUACUGCAAUUCCAAUUCUCUUGCGGCUUGCAAACGAUGCUGUUGAGUGAGCUGGAGACACCGGUGAAUACGGGCAAUGAAAUUACGAUUAGGGCAGAAUUGGAUUUCAGUCGUAAUUGCACACAUUGCAAUGCAUCCCUGCUGGUCAAUGACACGCUCGCCAUGUCCGGUGAUCAGCCGACCUGGUUGAAAUUGUUACCGCCGCGCAUGCAGACACCGGAGGUGAUUCUCAAUACAUGGCUGCAUUUGGGUGGCGCCCCACAGGCACCGAUUGGUCUCAUAAUCGAACUUCCACCGGCUCAGAGUGGCACUGGUUUUACUGGCUGUUUACAUUCGUUGCGGAUAAAUGAGCAAACGCGCGAGAUAUUUGGUGACGCUUUGGAUGGCUUUGGCAUUACUGAAUGCGGCUCGUUGGCCUGCCUAUCGAGUCCGUGUCGCAAUGGCGCCGCAUGUAUUAAAAUCGAAACCAACGAAGUGGACGAAAAUGGCGAAAAAGCAGAGAAGUGGAAGUGUAAAUGUCCCACCGGCUAUAUGGGCCCAACCUGUGAGAUAUCUGUCUGCGAAGAUAAUCCAUGUCAGUAUGGCGGCACUUGUGUACAAUUCCCAGGCAGCGGCUACCUAUGUCUGUGCCCGUUGGGUAAACAUGGACACUACUGCGAACACAAUCUCGAGGUUGCCUUGCCCUCGUUCUCGGGCAGCGUUAAUGGCCUCUCAUCGUUUGUCGCCUACACUGUGCCCAUACCACUGGAAUACUCAAUCGAGUUAAGCUUCAAAAUACUACCGCAAACGAUGUCACAAAUUUCACUACUCGCCUUUCUGGGCCAGACAGGAUAUCAUGACGAAAAGAGCGAUCAUCUGGCAGUUAGCUUUAUACAGGGUUACAUUAUGCUCACUUGGAAUUUGGGCGGUGGUCCGCGCCGCAUAUUCACACAGAAACCGAUCGAUUUCCGGUUGGAUGCGCCACGCGUACCCUACGAAAUCAAAGUCGGCCGCAUUGGCCGACAGGCCUGGCUCUCUGUGGAUGGUAAAUUUAAUAUCACAGGUCGUUCGCCGGGCAGUGUCAGCCGCAUGGAUGUUAUGCCGAUACUCUACUUGGGCGGACAUGAAAUGGCAAAUUUCAAUACACUGCCGCACGAUUUGCCGCUACACUCAGGCUUCCAGGGUUGCAUUUACGAUGUGAACUUGAAGGUCGGCCAGGUGACGGUGCCGCUGCAGGAGACGCGUGGUGUGCGCGGACGUGGUGUGGGACAAUGCGGUACCAGAGAAUGCCACCGGCAUGCGUGUCAACACGAUGGCGCUUGCCUGCAACAUGGCGCAACAUUCACUUGCAUCUGCCAGGAGGGUUGGUAUGGGCCACUUUGUGCUCAGCCCAUCAACCCAUGUGACUCGUUCAACAACAAAUGCGCGGAGGGUUCGACCUGUGUGCCGCUCGUCAAUGGUUACGAAUGUGACUGUCCUGUGGGCAGAACUGGCAAAAAUUGUGAUGAAGAUAUUCGUUCGCUGAGCGAUGUCUCACUAACCGGGCGCCGUUCUUAUUUGUCCGUACGCUGGCCCUAUCUCUACGACAGCUCUGAUAAGAUCGGCUCGAAACGUUCGCAAAUUAUCAGCUAUCGCAAUUUCACUAAAAACCUAAUGCCACCGAAACCAAUCGCUUCCUCCAAUCAACACUUCGUCAUGAAGCUACUCAACGAAGUUGAGAAGCAACGCAACUUUUCACCUGUACCACUCAUGGGUUCAAAGACUUUCGAGGAGCAUCAUCGCGUACAAUUCUUCUUUAUCGAAUUUCAAUUGCGUCCACUCUCCGAACGCGGUCUUCUACUCUAUUUCGGCACGCUGAAUAAUAAUCUAGACAAGAAAGUCGGUUUUGUUUCGCUCUCCUUACAAGGUGGCGUAGUCGAAUUCCGCAUAUCUGGACCAAGUAGCCACGUAACGGUGGUGCGUAGUGUGCGCAUGCUCGCAAUCGGCGAAUGGCAUAAGAUUAAAAUGGCGCAACGUGGCCGUUGGUUAACUCUAUGGGUGGAGGGUAGCGCAUCGUCUGCGUUGGCACCCUCUGCCGAGGUGCUCGUGGAACCCGAUUCACUGCUCUACAUUGGCGGUCUGAAAGAUUUGUCCAAACUGCCACACAAUGCCAUUUCUGGCUUCCCAAUACCAUUCCGUGGCUGUGUACGCGGUCUGGUGGUGAGCGGUAUGCGUAUUGUGCUCAACGAAACAAAUAUUAUUGAUUCACGCAAUAUUCGCGACUGUGAUGGCACUGCUUGUGGUGGUGAUUCCUGCGAGGCGGGGGGCCACUGUUGGCUCGAUGAGAAGUUGCAACCUCAUUGCAUUUGUCCCGAAUAUGCGAAGGGUGAUCGUUGCGAGUACUCGGAGAGCUGUAAACUGAUACCUUGCAAGAACAAUGGUCGUUGUUUGCGUAGCGGACGUUGUUCGUGUCCGAAUGGCUGGGGUGGGUUCUACUGCGAAAUAGCCAUGAGUAAGCCCACAACGCCUAGCUUCCGUGGAAAUAGUUACCUGAUCUUGCCGCCACCCCGCAUACCAAUGAAAGACAAACGCCGCGGCCCAUCCAUGUACGUACGACCACGCGAAGCCAUGCAAGUUUCAUUGAAUUUCUCCACAAUCGAACCUGAUGGCCUGCUGUUGUGGAGCGAACAUGAUCGUAAUAAGUUUUUAGGUUUGGGCUUGGGAAAUGGUCAUCUGAAAAUGGCUAGCAAUUUGCUGGAUUCAAAUAAUGAUACUGUGGAGAUGCCAUCGACUGGUUUCAUUGCGGACGGCAGCUGGCAUUUGGCAAAGGUCAUAAUGGAUCGCAACCGUUUGGAGUUGCAAUUGGAUGGUGAAGUGAUAUUCUCCGAAAAAGUAUUGGAUGCAGCGGCGUCGCCGGGUUCAGCAUUAGCAACAACACAGCGCAGCUUUUUGACGACGCGUCGUUCGUUUGCGACGCGACGUGGUAAGGAGCCGUCAAUUACCUAUGAGGAUGUUUUCUAUUUGGGUGGCUUCCCCAAUCAAGAGCUCGUUAGUGCGCGCACACUUGGACGCUUCAACGAACCAUUCAAAGGCUGUUUGCAGGAUAUACAAUUUGGAGCCGAAUCAAAUGCAGUCAUCACCGAUUUUUCAUCAUAUAAAGGAGAGAAUAUUGGUUCUUGUGAUCUGCAUGGAGAUGAACCGAUGGUUUUAUAGGAGCGGUAAGAGUAUGAAGAGCAACAGCGAUAAUUGAACAAAACGAAGAGCGCUAAGGGCGGUUAUAGUAAAGCAAAAUGGCGGAAAACAACAGAAAAAAAAAACAAGAUUCAAAGCUAGUGACGAGGCCAUUUAUAUAUGUUCGGGAUUUUUUUAACAGAGCAAAGAUAUUAAAAAAAACUGAGCAAUCUGAUAAAGUUGAACUAAAUAGAACAAAAAAGACGAAAGAUUAUAAACAAUAAAAAAUAAUAAUAAAAAUAAAAGUGAGUUAAAAAAAAAUUAUAUAAAAUAUAAAGCUAAAAUUUUAAAAUAAGAAUAUUAAAAGAAUAAUUUUGUAAAUUUUAUAAAAACAAAAGCAAACCAAGAAACCUAAUAAGGAACGCGAAGUAAUUGAAAAGAAAUUUUAAACUUUUUAGAUUGUAAUGAAAGCAAAAAUAAUAAAAAUAG